UAUUUCGCUCCGUGUUGAGGUUUGGAUUCACUCCAAGAAGUAGAGUCUAGCCCACUUCCUUAUAAGGACAUAUUAAAUUUCAGAUAUAUGUUUAAUUUGUUCUAUCCUGCAACGAAGAACAAGGGGGGCAAGCCUGAGAGCUACAUUCAGCUACAAAUGUGAACUCAACGACAAAUACUGGCAAGGAGAAACAGCGGCAAGACAACCUCAGUCUGAGAUGUGUGGCAGGUGUUAUUUUUAGCAACUUCGAACUAUCAGACAGGAAUUCUGUUCGAGAGGCAGCGAUUGAGCUCGAGUAAAAAGGUUUGGAAGAAAUCAACGGUUGAACGACGAUUAAAUGUCGAUCGGUUGACUCUAACUGGAACCACCCUUGUGUAAAUCAGUGAGAAGUGGCAGCUGCGGAUUUUGAACGUGCUUCGAAAUGCCACCCAAUCUGUCUCUUUCUGAAAUGGGUUUAACGCAAGAGUUUCCUUAAUCCCUCGACGCUGCCCUAGUUUUUAGCUGGCGAGUUUUUGAGGACGCGAGUUCUGCCAUGAUGGUUCGAGCCUUCCUAUUUCAUGUGUGCAUUUUCCUGUUUACUCAAGUUUUACCAUUCUUCUGCUUGCAAAAACUUGACAUUGACAAUGAAACAAUUGUGAAGAUUUCCACGGCUGGACAAUUGAUGCAGUGCUCAGCGGCCAUCGAUUUACUGUUCAUGUUGGAUGGAUCAUACAGUAUCGGCAAGGGCAGCUUUGAGAGAUCCAAACAUGUUGCACUCAAACUUUGUGAUGCUCUGGAUAUAAAUCCUGGCAGGGUCAGAGUUGGAGCAAUUCAAUAUAGUUCAACGCUUAAAGUUGAAUUUUAUCUGAAUUCCUACUUAACGAAAGAAGAAGUAAAAGAACAACUUACGAGAAUUAUAUUUAGGGGUGGAAGUACGCAGACUGCCCCGGCUUUGAAGUAUGUUCUUCAAAAAGGAUUUGCAGAUACAAGAAAUACAUCCGUCCCUCGAAUUCUCAUCAUUCUUACUGAUGGCAAAUCUCAGGGUAAUGUGACCCAAGUGGCAGCACAGGUGAAAGAAACUGGAAUAACUGUGUUUGCUGUCGGAGUCAAGUUUCCCAGAUGGGAGGAGUUGAAUUUGCUUGCGAGUGAGCCCACUGACAGCCAUGUGCUGUUUGCAGAACACUUUGAUGAUGCUGUCAAUGGCCUCUACACAACGUUGACCAGCUCUGACAUCUGUUCUGCUAUUCCACCAGCUUGCAAACUUGAAUCCCAUGUCUGUCAACGGAAAUCACUAGAAACAGUGAAGGAAUUCAAAGGGAAUUUCAUGUGCUGGAAGGGAUCAUAUGGAUAUGGUGGACCCAUCUCAACACUGUGUCCUUAUUACAGUUGGAAGCGGGUUUAUAAGACACAUCUUGCUCGAUGCUACAGAACCACGUGCCCAGAUCCAUGUGAUUCACAGCCCUGUCAGUAUGGAGGGACUUGCAUCUCAGAGGACUUUGAAAGGUACCACUGUGUCUGCCCUGCAGCAUUUGGAGAAGAUUUUAAUUGCGCUCCUCAGCCAGGUCUUGAAUGCAGUGUGGAUAUUUUACUGCUACUUGACGGCUCGUCAAAAACAACCCUUGAAGGAUUUCUGCGGCACAAAGCCUUUGUGAAGAGAUUUCUCCAGGUUGUACUGUCCGCAGACAGUCAAAUUAACGUUGGAGUGGCACAGUAUAGUGAGGGAGUGCAGGUGGAACUGCCGAUGGGACUGCACAUGAAUGUUUCAGACGUUAUUAGUAAGAUCGACUCGAUACAGUUUAAAGGGGGCAGCACAAAGACUGGCAAGGCCUUGCGAUACCUUACCCAGGUUGGAUUUAAAACAAGAUCAACAGUUCCGCGUAUUCAGGAGGACCACCCCCAUGUUUUAAUUCUGCUAACAGACUCAAAAGCCGAAGAUUCCGUCGCUGAGUCAGCCAAGUAUGCCAGAGAACGGGAAAUAUUUCUAUUUGCAGUUGGCAGCCACAGUCUUCAGUCUGAUUUAGUCACAAUUACAGGAAAUCCUCAGCAUACUGUCACAUAUUCAAGUCCCCAGCAACUCUUCAAUAAGAUUCCUGAACUAAAAACAGUAAUUUGCAACAUUGAGAAUCAAGGAUGUUUAUCCCAGCCUUUAGAUCUCGUCUUUGCAUUGGAUGCAUCAUCUGGAGUUGGAAAGGACAAUUUUGAUAAGGUGAAAGACUUUAUGAAAACCAGCAUCAUGCAGUUUGAGAUCAAUCCUGAUGUUACCCAGGUCGGCCUUGUGGUUUAUGGCAGCCGUUCGAGGACAAUCUUUGGCCUUGACACGUUGGAUUCAAACACCAACCUCCAGAAGGCAAUCAGCUUAGCCCCUUAUCUGGGCGGAACUGCCUCCACUGGCAGCGUCCUCCUUCACAUUUACGAUGAAGUCAUGAGUGUCAGAAAGGGAGCUCGACCUGGUGUGAAUAAAGUAGUGGUGGUCCUUACGGACGGGGCAAGCACCGAUGAUGCAGCAGUCCCCGCACGGACUCUGAGGAACAAUGGCAUCACAGUCUUUGCUGUAGGAAUUGGUGAUGCACAGAAGGAAUCAUUGCUAAGGAUUGCUGGCUCCGCUAAUUACAUGAUAACUGUGCCGUCCUAUGAGGAUUUAAAAUAUUUUGAAGAAAGCAUCGCUCACAGGAUAUGUGAAGUGGCCAAGCAACCAGUGAAUUUGUGCAAGCCGAAUCCAUGUAUGAAUGGUGGGGAAUGCAUAGUUCACUUUGCAAGUUAUCAUUGUGAAUGCAAUGGCUGGGAAGGAGUUCACUGCGAACACAGAAUCAGGAGCCCGGAGCCCCGUGGAGAUGUUCCCAGAAACCACAGGAGGCAUCGCAGGCAGAGGAAGCUGCGGCGCUUAAACCGACGAGGAAGAAGGUCCCGCAGAAAGCACAGGCACCGAAAGUACAGGGGUACUUCACUGUAACAGGACUCAUCCUGUCCCGUCUCACAUAGUUUGUAUUGGGCAUGCAAUCACAAAUGGCACAAAUAUCAAGAAGCCCAGUUAGUGUCAACGGCCCAGAGCUUUUCUAAAAUCACUUCAAUGGAUCCCAAAAUGCCUGUACACUUGUACUCGAUUCCAACAAUGUUUUAAACAAAACAACUGGUAAAUGACAAUUUGCGAAGCUAUCCACAUUUCUAACGCAAGUAUUGUGAUAAGGUAGAUUUGACUCUACGAUUAGGUUACUGCGUGGGUUCUCAAACGAAGGUUGUUGUUCAUGCAGAUCUCCAGCAGGAAUGCAAAAUAUGUUCAAACUUUUGUUUACAUCCAUCAGAGUAUGGUUCUUCAUUUUGAAAUAUAGCCCUGUCAAUUGUGGCGUUAAGUUAAAUUUGACUGAUCAUGCAAACCAUGUUUCUCACACGACACUGCAUGUUUUUUUGUGGUUUCAGAGCAGUAUUGCAUGUUGAGUGUGUUUGUUUUGUUCAUGGAGUUCUGUUUCUUAAAGAAGGUUGGAGAUUUAGUUUAGUUUUAUGACACAAUGCGGAAACAGGCCAUUCGGCCCACCAAGUCCGUGCUGACCAGCGAUCCCGGCACACUAACACUAUCCUACAUA